AUGCGAAGGGCUAUAACUGUCGCCCGGCUCGUCAGCCGCACUGUCCCUCAAUCCAGCAUCUUCACGCCCCAGGUCGUGCUUCAGAGGCGCCUAGAAGUACCCUGCAUCGAACUACGACAAGCCCGCCUAUACAGCGCCCCGAAUCCGGGCCGAAAGGGAUUCCUUGGGAACCUCAUCGAUAAUGUCAAGGAGGAGCUGGAGCGUAACAAGGAGUUGCAGGACAGUAAGAAGAAGCUCAAUGAGAGAAUGAAGGAAUUGAACGACACGGAGGCGCUGAAGGAGGCUAGGAAGAAAUUUGAGAUCGUUGAAAAAGAAAGCGUGAAGAGUUCCGAGGUGAUCAAGGUGAAAAUGCAGGAGCUGACAGAGCAAAUGACCAAGCUUGUGCACGAAAUUCAAAAGACGGAAGCCGGGAAGAAGUUGACGGCGGCGGGGGAAGAGGCUUUAAAGCAAGCCCGUGUCGCCGCCGAGCAAAUCGAGAAAGUAGCUGAGAAAGUUGGCGACACCGAAGUCUACAAAACCGUUUCGACGGGUGUCAAAAGUGUCAAGAAAGAAAUCGACGAUAUCGCCGACGUUCGGAUGUACAGUCGUCCUGAAAAUUUGAAGAAACGCAGCGAAAAUACGCUGAGCCAAGAAUGGGAGCGACGUACGGUAGCUGCCAACGACCAGGCCACCGAUGUGCAAUUGCACAAGGAGUCUCGUUGGUAUGCCGGAUGGGGUCAAUUCACUGAAGACAACAAAUAUUACAAUAAAAUGCUCGACUGGAAGAUCCGCUAUGACGAAAGCGACAACAUCGGCGUCCGCCUGCUUCGCGGGGUGACCGAGCGGGUGUCUGGCCUUUUUAGCGGUUCUAACGAAGUGGCGGACGUACUGACCGAAAUCGCCAAAGUCGACCCAUCGUUUGAUCGGAAUCAAUGGUUGCGCUUCUGUGAAAAGGAAAUCAUCCCCAAUAUUCUGGAGGCGGCUUUUGUCCGGAUGGACGAAGAAGUUCUACAGGACUGGUGUUACGAACGGGCUUAUAUGAUGCUCUCCAACGUGAUUGCCGAGCUGAAAAAGAUCCAUUACCACACGCGUGACAGUAAGAUCAUCGAUGUUAGCAAAGUGGAGUUGGUGUCCGGAAAGAUGGUUGAGCAGGGUCCGGUGCUGGUGAUCUCUUUCCAGGUCUACGUUAUCAAGGUGGUGAAGAACCAAGAGGGAAAAGUGGUCAUCGGCGAUCCGAACAAUGCUGUGCGCCAACAACACGUAUGGGUGAUGUGUCGCGAUAUGGAAGAACUGAACCCAGCCAUGGCUUGGAAACUACUCGAGGCCCAUUAUCAAGACUCGGCCAUCACCGUC